AUGAAGAAUUGUCACAGACAAAUCAUUUUUAUUGCCCUUGUUACCUUAAACUUGAUUAAAAUUUCAGUAGCAACUCUUUUUUCAGGGAACUAUAACCAGGAUUUCAUUAUAGAAUAUUCCCCUAACCAUGUUUAUACUUCUCCCAAUGGCCGAUUUAGAACCUUGUCGCUUGACCAUGAUUCAGGUUCUGGUUUCACUUCGAAGGUGAAGCUUUUAUUUGGACAAUUCGACAUGCAAAUCAAACUAGUACCUGGUCGUUCUGCUGGCACUGUUGUGGCCUUCUAUCUGAAGUCGGGCGAUAGUAAUAAUCGUGACGAAGUAGAUUUUGAAUUCCUUGGCAAUGUAAUCGGGAAGCCAUAUGGUCUGCAAACAAAUAUUUUUUCUGAUGGAAGCGGAAAUCGGGAACAGAAGAUUCACUUGUGGUUUGAUCCAACAAAGGACUUCCAUACUUAUUCAAUCUUGUGGAAUAUAUACCUAAUUAUGUUCAUGGUGGAUGGGAUCCCCAUAAGAGUUUACAGAAACCAUGCAGACAAGGGAGUUCAAUAUCCUCAGUGGAAGCCUAUGAACCUUGUAGCCAGCAUUUGGAAUGGUGAAGGUUGGGCAACAAGAGAUGGCAAAGACAAAAUUGAUUGGUCAAAGGCCCCAUUCAUAGCUUCCUUCAGAAACUACAAGGUCGACGCUUGUUUCUGGAGAGGAAAUGCAGGUUUUUGCAGGGCAAAUAGCCCUCCUAAUUGGUGGAACAAUCCAAGAUUCAGUCAGCUAAAUCCCUGGCAAAGAAAGAUGCUCAUAUGGGUUAGGAAGUACUACAUGUAUUAUGACUACUGUACAGAUCAUAAAAGAUUCCCUUCCCUUCCAAAGGAAUGCACCAUUGCUCUCUAG